AUGCCUGGGUUCGCGGAUUCGUUUUGGACCCCAGAUUAUGCCACAGGUCUGGGGGUACUCUACGGCAAACUUCAGCAGGGCUCGGUAGAAAAUAAGCAGAUUUUGACCAUUGCCUCUAUGCGCGCGGACGCAGAGGACCUGUAUGGUUCCAAGUUGGGGGACAUAGCGCCGGCCGUCGACCGGGUGGCACCCACGGGGUUUGCGAAGGACGAUGGAGCGAGCGUGAGAAAGGCUUAUGAGGGUGUCCGCACAGAGAUGGUCGAGGCGUCCAAGAAUCAUCAGAAGAUUGCGUCCAACAUUCGCGAGCUAGUCGUGUCUCCAUUCCGACGUUGGUGUGAUCAACAUGAGGCCCGGAUACAGAACUCCCAUGAUGAUCUGCAAGCCCGCAUCAAGGAACAUACAAAGCAAGUCGAACUGGUCAAGAAACUUCGGAGCCACUACUUCAACAAGUGCCGUGUCGUGGAAGAUCUGGAGGAGGAGAAUAAGCUUGCUUUUCAGGGCCCUGAGACAAGUCCCAAAAUCAAGCCCACCCCUAAGAUCGUCUUACCGGAAGAGGAGGAAGAGGAGGAGGAACCGGUCGAACUCGGUGAUCGCAUUUAUCCUCCAGUGGAUCUGAAGAAGUUAUUGAUGCACAUGUUGGAAACAAUCAAAGUCGGAGAUGUCAAGGUGCCCAUCAUUGGAACAUACCAAAACACGUCGACUGGUGCCGACAUUGUGGACUACAUCCAGAAGUAUUUGAAUGGAACUAGCAUCAGCUACUGUGAGAGGAUUGGGCAGGACCUUGUUGACAACGGCUUUCUUCGACUCGUGGGCAACAUGGGUAGCACAUUCGCCAAUAGCUCCAAGAUGCGCUACCAGUGGCGCCCGAAGGUCUUUCAGAUCACGGGCAUUCCCGACAAGAAGAAGCCUUUGAUGCGAGUAACAUCUAUCGCCUCCAGCGAGGAUGGCAGUGAUUCUCCACUCUCUUCUGUGUCCGAGAUGCUCGCCGGGUGGAAUCCUCUCAACAACCCAUACCCGAACGAGACACCAGCAGAGAAGUUGCGCAGAGAAGCUCGCGAGGCUGACGAAAGGUACAAGGCCGCUGUGCGUCGACUUGACCAUAUCAGAUGCAAGCUCGAGGAAGAGAUUGUUGAGAAUCUGCGCUUCAUGGAGCAGUGCGAAUUGGACCGUCUCAAGGCAAUUAAAGCCGUUAUCCUGGAUUUCUCUGGCGCCAUUAGCAAUGUGAUCCCCAACUUGCAGAGCACAGUGGAUCACAUGAUGCUGUAUCAGGAGACUAUCCAACCCCUGGGAGACCUCAGAUACCUUCUGGAGAACUACCGGACUGGUGGUUUCAUUCCCCGCGUCCAGGCUUACGAGAACUACUACGGUUCUGUAGAAGACCAAAAUUUCGGUGUCGAUCUUGAGGCUAGAGCAAGAGCCGACCGCAAGCGGGUCCCAAUAAUCGUUACGACGAUCCUCACAUAUCUUGAUAACCGCUACCCUGAAUUGGAGGGUGACGAGGCAAGACGUGCGAUUUGGCUUCAUGAUGUUCCUCUAGCGGCAACACAUCAUUUACGGAAUGCACUGAACAAUAGCAAAGCGGGUUACGGCGAGGUUCUCGAAAAAUACGAGAUCCCUAUCAUCGCCAGCGUGCUGAAGUUAUACCUUCUUGAAUUGCCGGACUCUCUUGUCUCUUCUCAGGUUUACGAAAUUGUCAAGACUAUCUAUUCUACCACUGCUCAUGAGACCACGGAGGAAGGUCGCAUCAAGGUCCUUCAAAGCACACUCGGCCAACUUCGCCUUAACAACAUCGCCACGCUUGACGCCAUCAUGACCCACUUCACGCGUUUGAUUGAUCUGACGUCUGCCGACGAAGCUUAUGUAUCUUCUCUUGCCCAGGCGCUCUCGCCCUGCAUCCUUCGCCCCCGCACGGAGAGUAGUCUUACGAUGAACGAACGCCAUAGCUAUCGCCUCAUCCGUGACUUGUUCGCUCACAAAGAUGCCAUUUUUGGCGAACUCAAGCGCCAAUCAAGCGCUCUUGGCAUCAGUGGAACCAGCAAUCGUCCACGUGCUAUCAGCACUGACGAGAGUAAUCGACGCGCGGCUAUGGAGGCACGAAAUCGCGCCAUCGUCGACCGCAGUCGUGGCCACAGCCCCAACCCCCCACGCAAGCACCGUCGGGAUCGUUCCAGCGGCGCUUCAGAGGCCGGGCGAUUUCCAGUUAAUGUCACGAGCCCUACCGAGCGGAGAACCAAUCUCCGUAACAGCCUCGACGUUCCUACCAGUUUAGACUCUCCUACGGCCGCCGAGAAAAUGAGCAGCGUGAACAUCGACACCGCAGAGGCACCUGUACCCAACAGCGCCGCGAGUGACUCACCCGCCGCCAGUGCCAGCUCCGCAUCUGGAACUUCAAGUCCUCCUCCUAUCGCGGAAUCCGAAGGAUCUAUGAGCCCCGUGACCGCUUCUACUCCCACUCAAGAAGCAGAAAAACGCACCUCUAUUCCUCUCUCCAGUGUUAUGUUCAACCGCAAACCCGGCCUCGGUAAUCGUUCGAGCUUUCCGAUUGCAGUGAACAGCGAGAACGGAUCUGACAGUAAGCGAAACAGCCUCGCGACUAUCGAGAACGAGCCCAAGGGCGUGACAUUGGAGGAUAAACCGAUGGAUGACGAUUAA